UCCGCAGGUGUAGAGGAGGUCUCCAUCCAUCGUUUCUCAUUGCUGCUGCCGACGGUUUAUUAUAAGAAAUCCUUGGAAAUUUUUACUUGACAUGGGUCGUGUGCUUAUCUUUUGUAAAAGCAGUUUAUAUCUAGUAUGAUAUGACUUAUAUGUAUUAUGUUGUCAGUAAAGUAUAGUUGCACAUGAUAAUUAUACAAGAAGCACUGAAAGCAAGUCAGUUGGCAGGCAGAUUGUUUUAAAUCUGUGGAGUUCGAGUUUUCCAUAUGACUACAUGUUCUGAUAUUCUUUUUUUUUCCCAUGUAUUGCAUCUGUCCCUGGAAUCCUACUUUUGCAUUUAAAUUCUCUGGGUUAAUUCUUGACAGUCAUUUGCAUACCAGCCUUCCAUACUUUUGACAUGUGUUCAAUAUUCCUUUCACAGUUAUGAAUGAAAUUGAAUUGGUAGGAAAAUAAGGAACUUACAUUACUUUCAGAAUUGGUGCCAGCCUAAUCAAGCAGGGGAUGUCCUUCCUUGGUUGUGGGUGGUAAAGGCAAAGGCAGCUCUUUAGUUUCAUAGAGCCUACAGGUUUUUAGGAUAGAAUUGCAAAACAAGCUGUGAUAAACUAUCUUGUGGUUCUAUUAAAAUUACCUGUCACAAAAUCUAUCAAAUUUUGAGAAUUUAGGUUUCGGCCUCAAAUGUGACAUUUCCCGUUUCGCCUGAUAUCUUCCCAUAUGUUGCGAUUUCAAAUGAAGGCAGUUAUUUACUCAUAAUGAUAUUGUCUCCUUUAAAUGUGAUCCAAUGAUAUGGUAUAACAGGAGACAUCGAUAGAGCUGGCAUUCAUCGGUGAUGAUGGGGUUGUGCAGUCCAUCUGCGAGCUGUCUGUGUUUGGUACAAUUAAGGAUCUCACAAUCCUGCCCUGGAAUGAGAAGUUUGAUGCACAUAACAUUCAGGUCUAUCAAUUUAUGUACUUUUACACAACCUUCUUAUUAGAGAUAUUUUCUCAUUUCUUAUCUUACGUGGCUGAAAUUUUUUCGCAAUGUCAUGAAUGAAAUUUCUUUGGCAAAUUACAAUGCACAUGUCCAUCAUUCUGAAUGUGAUUUCUUUUGUAAUCUUAUGAAGAUGAAGGGGAAGGGUCUUUUGGUUGUUAUAUCUGAUUCCGGGAAGCUUUCAUUUCUCACAUUUUGCGGAGAAAUGAACAGAGGUGGUUUUGUAGCUGUUAGCGCAUAUGAGGACCGAUUUGCUCUCUUCUCUGUUUCAGUUUCUGUUGGAAGCUAUACCAUUGAUCAGAGGAUUUUUUAUCCCCCUGACAAUGGAGACACAUUUGCUGGAAGAAGCUUCCAGAAGCCCAAUAUAUGUGGAACUAUAUGAAGCAUGUGUUUUCUAUCAAAUCAACCAAGUAAGGACCAUGAUACUGUAUUAGCCAUUCUUCUGAACAGGUAUGAAUUAUGAGUAUUAUGUCCUACUAGGAAAUUUGUGUACACAUAUAUAUUUAGUUGUUUACACAGCUAUUAGAUGAAUUUUACUUCCUGUUCUAGCUUUGUAUUUGUUUUGGUGCUUUGCCGCCACGACAAACUGAUUUUAUCAGUUCUUCAGGAGGGGCAAGCCUGAAUGAGCUGUUGCUAUUCGGAUGGAAUAUUAGAGAGCAUGGCUUGUAUUUUAUUUCUCAGUACGUUGAAGCUGGGCCGUUAGCGCAUAACCUCAUUGAAGUUCCUCAUCUUCAUGGAUUUGCCUUUUUGAUGAGGCUGGGCGAUGUUCUCUUGAUGGAUCUUCGAGAUGCUUGCGAUCCCUAUUGUGUUUAUAGGACAAGCUUGUAUUCUUUACCUCCUUCAGUGGAGGAGAUUGAUGUGGUGGAAGAAACAUGUAGUGCACAUGACUUCGGCAUGGAUGAUGAAGGGUCGAAUGAUGUUGCCUGUGCUUUAUUGAAGCUGAGGGACCAUGAUCCCAUGUGUAUAGACGACAAUUGCAAUUCUAAAUCGAGCUCCAGAUAUGUCUGCUCAUGGAGGGAACCUGGAAACUCCAGAAAUCAGAGGAUGAUAUUUUGUGUAGAUACAGAAGAGCUUUUGAUAAUUGAAGUUUCAUCUGAUUUUAAGGGUCUUAAAGUUAAUGUAUCCUAAUUUCUAUAUAGAGAUCUACCAUGCAUGGCUCUUCUGUGGGUAGAAAGUGGAUACUUUGGCGGCAAUUGUUGACAUGGGAAGGUCCUGAAAUUUGAAAAUGGAAAGCUAAACAUAUGUAAA